CUCCUAUGCUGCUGCUUGGCCUGCUGUGUUCAUCCAGCUCUGCACCUUGUUGUCUCAGAUUUUCCAGCAUCUGCAGUUCCUACUAUCUCUGAUACCUUUCAUUCCACGCCUGCUUGCCCAAGUCUACGUUCUUCCUUCACUGACUGCCCCUUCGGCCACGCCCCCCUUCUGGCCAAAGGCUCGAGCACGCACUCCAGCACCUGCACGGCACGCGCCCGGCGCUGACUGGUCAUCGCACUUGUCAAUCACCAGAGACAACCUAAUGGGCAGGCGCAGAGGCAGUGCCACGCCCAAGAUGGCGAAGCUGGGCUCGCGUUUGCUGGUGCUGCCCAGCCGUGUGGCGCUGGCUGUCCUCGCCGCCACCUACUGGGCUACGGUCUACACGCUGACGGCCCUGGCCGGCGGCUUAUUCCUUCUGCGUAUGGCCUGGGUGGUCAUCAGGAGGCGAGGGCGGGCCUUCAAAUGGCGGUGCCGGGAGACUCCGCCGGCCUGCCUCAGCGAUCCGUCUCUGGGGUCUCACUGCUUCGUCCGAGUGAAGGAUUCAGGGCUGCAGUUUCAUUAUGUGGCAGCUGGGGAGAGGAACAAGCAACUGAUGUUGCUACUCCAUGGCUUUCCUGAGUUUUGGUACUCUUGGCGUUACCAGCUACGGGAGUUCAAGAGUGAGUAUCGAGUGGUGGCAAUGGAUUUGCGUGGUUAUGGGCAUUCUGAUGCACCGCCUAGUCGAAGUGACUAUAACCUGGAUUAUUUGCUGACAGAUGUCAAAGAUGUUAUCGAAGCUUUAGUGGAACUAGUGCCCAGAGCAUAUUUCUCUGAAUGCAUUAGUGACGCUGUUGGCAUAGAGAUGGGAUCUACAGCCUUUGGCGCUAUG